AAUGAGAAUACCAAGAGCGAAUACUGAUAAGGUUAGUAUUUUUAUCAAGAGAGCUGGAAACACGCCAUGGGUGUUUUGUGUGGUUGUAUCGUCUUGUGUCUCCGUAUCAACGCACAGCAUAGACCCCCUCAUUCAGUCAAGUGAGAACACUCUGGGUACGCGGAUGAUAGAGACUUAAGCAGCUGAUUUUGUGUCAUUGUGUGUGCCUGACUACUCGUCGUCAUUGUCGUUGUUGUUGUGCGUGUUAAAAUAAAUAAAUUAAACUUAUCUAACGUAGAUUUGUUCUUGUGCAAAAUAUAAAAAUUAAAACAUAAUGAUUGCUCAGAACUUGUUAACAAAAUUGCGUCCAUUAGUGUCCAGGGCAACAUUUGCCACAAAAUCUUCUGAAGCACCCAAAUAUAACUGGCAAGAUCCAUUAAAUUUGGAAUCGCAAUUGACCGAAGAUGAAAUUGCCAUACGCGAUUCGUUUCACAGCUACUGUCAAACUACUCUACUACCCAGAGUGACCAAAGGAAACAGAGAAGAAUUUUUCCAUAAGGAAAUAAUGGAAGAAAUCGGAAGUCUAGGUGCCUUGGGUUGCACCCUGACUGGUUACGGUUGUGCCGGUGUCUCCAAUGUGGCCUAUGGCUUAUUGACACGAGAAAUCGAACGUGUUGACUCUGCCUAUAGAUCGGCCAUGAGCGUACAAAGCUCUUUGGCCAUGGGUGCCAUUUAUGAUUAUGGUACAGAUGCACAAAAGGAAAAAUAUCUACCCCGCAUGGCUCAGGGAAAAUUAAUUGGUGCUUUUGGUUUAACUGAACCUAAUCACGGCAGCGAUCCUGCUGGCAUGGAAACUAGAGCCAAAUACGAUAGCAAAUCAAAAUGUUAUAUUUUAAAUGGUUCAAAAACUUGGAUUACAAGUUCGCCAAUUGCUGAUGUUAUCAUUGUAUGGGCCAAGGGAGAAGAUGGUAAGGUUCGUGGUUUCAUUGUUGAUCGUGAACAAUCUUCAAAAGGUUUAGAGACACCCAAAAUUCAGGGUAAAUUUUCUCUAAGAGCCUCCCCCACUGGUAUGAUUCUAAUGGAUGAUGUACAUGUUCCUGAGGAAAAUCUUUUGCCCAAUGUUGUGGGCUUUAAAGGACCUUUUGGUUGUCUGAAUAAUGCUCGUUAUGGCAUUGCUUGGGGUGCAUUAGGUGCAGCCGAAGCCUGCCUUGAAAUUGCCCGACAAUACACUUUGGAUCGCAAACAAUUUAAACGUCCUCUGGCAGCUAAUCAAUUGAUACAAAAGAAAUUGGCCGAUGCCAGCACUGAUAUUGCACUUGGUUUGCAAGCUUGUCUUCAAGUCGGCCGUCUAAAGGAUAAGAAAUUACAUACCCCCGAAAUGAUUUCGAUGAUCAAGCGCAACAAUGCCGGCAAAUCCUUAGAAAUUGCACGCACCAUGCGUGAUAUGUUGGGUGGCAAUGGCAUUUCUGAUGAAUAUCAUAUAAUACGUCAUGUCAUGAACCUGGAAGCUGUGAAUACCUACGAAGGUACACAUGAUAUUCAUGCUCUAAUUUUGGGUCGUGCUAUCACCGGCAUUGCUGCAUUUGCAAAUUAACAAAUUUAUGAUAUUGAGUACCGGGGUACGUUUCCAAUGCAUUUAUAAAACCAAUGUUUUUGAGUUCGUUGAAUAAGAUUCGAAAAUAAGUGUGUCCAUUUUAAGUAACAAAAUAAAGUUGGAGAAAUCUGGCUUUGUUAAAAAAUGUAAUACCAAAAUCCUUAAAAAUUGUAUUAAAAUAAUAUCAAUUAUGAACUGUAAAUAUAUUAUUUCGAAAAUAAAUAUUUUUUUUUAACAAA